GUCGUGAUGGCCAGCACAUACCAGACACAAUGACGAACAACAUCCCUAGCCAGUGGAAGCAGCUCGACGUAGCAGUUAUCGGCGGCGGCCUCGGUGGCAUGGCGACGGCAGUGGCCCUCCGCCGAGCCGGUCACAAGGUGUCAAUCUACGAGCGUCGCGACUUCAAGGUCGAGGUCGGCGCAUCGAUUUCAUGCGCGGCCAACGGUGGCAAGUGGCUACGCGAGUGGAAUGUCGACAUCCCGCGCGGCAGGCCCGUCGAGCUGAUGAAGCUCGUCAUGCGCGAUUGGGACACGGGCAAGAUUCUGAACCAGUACGACCUUGACCACUACGAGCAGGACUGGGGUAUUCCUUACUACAUGUUCCACCGCGUGGACAUGCACGAGAUGCUACUGGAGGCCGCGACGUCGCCUGAGGGCGAAGGCAUCCCUGCCACUGUUGUCGUGGACCAUAUCUGCACGUCGGUCGACUACGACAAGGGCGAGGUGACGUUUGCAAACGGCAACGUGAUCCGCGCGGACAUGAUCAUCGGCGCUGACGGCAUCCGAUCUGUCGUCCGCCGCGAGAUUGGCGUCAUCCCUCAGAUGAAGUCGGCCAACCAGACAUGCUACCGCGUCAAUGUGCGCCGGUCCGACAUUGACAAGUUCAACCUCAUGCACGACGCCGUCGACCCGGCCAUCCAGUUCUGGGGCGGUUACCCCAAGGGCGAGCUGAGCCGGUAUUACAAGAUUGUCAUGAGUCCGUGUUCUGGCGGCGACAUUGUCUCGUUCUACUGCUUCAUGCCCACCGAAAUGACAAACCACACGCAAGAGGGCUUCGUGUUCGCAGAGGUGCCCGUUUCAGACGUCAUGGCCGGGGACUACUCUCGCCUGGACACCAUGUGCCAGGACCUUAUCAAGCACUCGGUCGACCGCAUGCCAUGGCGCCUGUACGUCCACCAGCCGUACCCGACGUGGCACAAGGGCAAGGUGUGCAUUGUAGGCGACGCCGCCCAUCCCAUGAUGCCACACCAGUCCCAAGGUGCGUGCACCGCCAUCGAGGACGCGGCGGCCCUCGGCCUAAUCUUCUCCAAGGACUACGACUUCACCCACAACGUCGAGGCCGGCCUCAAGUUUUACGAGCACAUCCGCAAGCCCCGCGCGACCCGCGUCCAGGCCGCGAGUGCUCGCGCCACAGAGAAUCUCAACGAGCGUAUCGGCUUUACUAGCCUCACGGCGCCCGAGGCCGCCCUCGCUGCCAAGGACGGCAAGCUCACGGUCAAUGAGAUGAACGAGUAUGAUAUGAAGGCGCACGUGGCCAAGGAGGCCAAGUCGUACGGCCACCUCUUUGCAGUUGAGGAGCACUAG